UUGUUUUAUUUAUUUAUUUAUUUUUACAAUUAGGAGUAACGGCCAGUACAAAGAAGAAUCAGGAUGAAAAGAUGGCUGACUUCUUGUUACCACUGGGUUCUAACAGCUUCCACCGGUUCACACCCGAAUCCUUGUCUGAGAUUGAAAAGCGGAUUGUGGCAAAGAUUACGAAGGACACCAAACAGGAAUGUAGGGACCAGUUGGGAGAAGAAGAAAAACUGCGCCCCCAGUUUGACUUACAGGCUUGCAAGAAGCUGCCCGAUAUCUAUGGGUCUCCUCCAUCAGAGCUCAUUGGAGAACCCUUGGAGGACAUUGAUCCCUUCUACCAUGAUCAUAAGACAUUUAUAGUACUGAACAAAGGGAAGACCAUCUUUCGAUUUAGUGCCACUCCUGCCUUGUAUAUUCUUAGUCCUUUUCAUCGAAUCAGAAGAAUAGCAAUUAAAAUUCUGGUACAUUCAUUAUUCAGUAUGUUUAUUAUGUGCACUAUUUUAACCAACUGUGUGUUUAUGGCAUGGUCCGAACUCCCUCAAUGGAAUAAAUAUGUAGAGCACACUUUUACUGCCAUUUACACGUUUGAGUCAUUGAUAAAAAUACUGGCCAGGGGAUUUUGUAUGACUGAAUUCACCUUCCUUCGAGACCCAUGGAAUUGGCUGGAUUUUUCUGUUAUUGUCAUGGCAUACAUAACUGAAUUUGUGGACCUGGGCAAUGUCUCAGCCUUACGAACAUUCAGAGUUCUUCGGGCGCUGAAAACAAUCUCAGUCAUUUCAGGUUUGAAGACCAUCGUUGGAGCCCUUAUCCAGUCAGUUAAGAAACUUGCAGAUGUGAUGAUCCUGACCGUUUUUUGCUUGAGUGUUUUUGCCCUCAUAGGACUCCAGCUGUUUAUGGGAAACCUCAGGCACAAAUGUGUUCGAGACUACACAGAAUUCAACUCCACCAACGGCACCUUUGUUUCAGAUCAGAAGGUCUGGCAAACCUUGGAUGAAUAUCUCAGUGAUCCAGACAACUACUUCAUUAAAGAGGGCACAACGGAUGCAUUACUGUGUGGCAACAGCACAGACGCUGGCUCGUGUCCAAAAGGCUAUAGGUGUUUAAAGGCUGGAGAAAAUCCUGACCAUGGCUUCACAAGCUUUGAUACUUUUGGCUGGGCUUUUCUCUCCUUAUUCCGCCUCAUGACGCAAGACUGCUGGGAGCGCCUCUACCAACAGACUCUGAGAUCUGCUGGAAAGAUCUACAUGCUUUUUUUCAUGCUGGUCAUAUUUUUGGGGUCCUUUUAUCUAAUCAACUUGAUUUUGGCUGUGGUGGCCAUGGCAUAUGAGGAGCAGAACCAAGCCACCAUUGCAGAAAUGGAGGCAAAGGAGAAGAAAUUUCGAGAAGCCAUGGAAGCACUGAAGAAAGAGCAAGAGGUCUGUAAGCUUCUCACCUUGGAGCAGUCUUUCUUUGUUUUAUGCUAAAGGGCUGUGCUGCACGAUCAGAAUAAGCAUUUCAUUGGUUAUCAGCAUUAAAACAUGGGGGCCAUUACCAGCACUCCAUUUCCAGGAUAAUUUUGAACUAAUAGUGUGGUGGGGAGCAGCUGACCCUUUAAAUCAAAAGCUGCGAUGGAAGA